UGACGCGCCAGAGCGUGACGUCAGCGCUGCCAACGUGGAACGCACGUCGCGAGCCAAUUCAGGAAGUAAACUGUCCGGUUCAGCCUGCGGAAAACGGAAAGAAGUCAGAGCUGCAAAUACGUGUCAAAUUCAACAUUUCAGCACGCUUUCCCGAAGAAAUCUUGAGUGACGCCGCGACGUUUCUUUGCCACAGAUUUUCCACGUCCCCUUCCACAGCGGCCCCAGUCAGGCUGUCAGUUGUGUGCAGUGAAGGCUUGUUGAAGAACACAGAUCCACGACAAGAGAUGAAACUUCAGAAGUAUCUGUAGUGCUGCCACAUCUCACCCACCAGAUUGAUGACAUGGCAGACACAGGUCACAUGCACACUGUUGGGCAUCACACUUUCCUCAGAACUUUCCUGUAUGCUUUCAGGCAGUAGGCUUGCAUUAUCUGGGCCGGUAAUGACUCAGCCUUAGUACAUGGUGCGCACGCUCUACCAGCACACACACAUACACACACACACCUUUGAUGAUGGUGGACUCCACGCUGGCUCAAGUGGGCAAAAAUCUGAGUGAAGCCAUGAGAAUCCUGGGAGACAGACCUAGAGAGCUGGAGGCAGGAACAGAGAGGCGGACCUUCAGCAGAACCAGCAUCCCUGGACCCCUGCAGGGAGAUGGUCAGGAUGUUGCCACUAUACUGCACCUAGUUCACAACCUUAUACAUGAAGAGGAGGAGGAAGAGGACAAGCCAAGCCAACAUAGGAUGCAGAAUGUGGGUGAACAGGGUCACAUAGCCUUGUUGGGUCACAGCCUGGCAGCCUACAUCUCGGUGUUGGACAGAGACCGACUGCGGAAGCUGACCACUCGGAUCCUGUCUGACACCACACUGUGGCUCUGCAGACUGUUCAGGUACGAGAACGGUUCAGCCUACUUCCAUGAAGAUAACAGGGAUGGCCUUGUCAAAGUGUGUCGGCUGGUCAUCAAUGCGCGUUAUGAAGAAUAUGCCUCUGAGGGCUAUGCAGUCCUCAACUCCAAACAGCCAGUCAUCUACCAGAGCGCCUCCGGCAGGCCUGGACUGGGACAGCAUCUGUGCAGCCAGCUCGGCCUGCCUCUCUCUAGUCUGUGCACAGUGCCAUGCAAUACCAUCUUUGGAUCCCAACACCAAAUGGACGUUGCACUGUUGGACAAACUAAUAAAAGAGGACAUAGAAGCUAAGAAGCUUCCUUUGCUGUUGAUCGCCAAUGCAGGUACUCCUGGGGCAGGACAUACAGACAAGUUGAGUCGUCUGAAGGACCUGUGUGAUCAGUACAGCAUGUGGCUCCAUGUGGAGGGGGUCAACUUGGCAACCCUGGCACUGGGCGAGGCCACCUCUGGUAUCAUGGCAGCCGUCAGAAGUGACAGUAUGACACUGACACCAGGUCAGUGGCUGGGACUGCCUGCUGUAACCGCUGUCACUCUCUACAGACAUGAAGACCCAGCGCUGUCUUUGGCAGCAGGUUUGACCUCCAGCCAGCCGGUGGCGAAGCUGCGAGCGCUGCCUCUCUGGCUCUCCCUGCAGUACCUUGGUCACAAUGGGAUUUUCCAAAAGAUCAGACUCGCCACCUCUCUAAGCCAGCAACUCCUGGAGAAGCUAAAAACUCUGGCCUCCAUCAGUACAUCGGUGGAGGAUGAACUCAGCUCUCCUGUGGUGCUAUUCAAGUUUUCCCAGGAAAUUAGUGCUGCAUCCAGUCGGGGUUCAGUGGAAGGUUACUGUACUGGGGAGAAAGAGGGGCUUGAUGCCUUCAACAGAUGGCUGGGUGAACAGCUGGUCCAGCUGGUUCCCAGCAGUGGGGUAGAUGUGGUGGAGCUUGAAGACGAGGGUACAUAUAUUCGCUUCAGUCCCCUCCUGACUGCUGCAGUUCUGGGGACCCAGCAGGAGGACAUUGAGGACCUGGUGGAGAAGCUGUCAGAGCUGGUGCCUGUGAUGAGCUCCACAAUGUGCCUCAGACAGAGCUUCAGAGAGGAAACCAAACGACACUCACCCUCGGUCACAUACAUAGAGGAGCUCAGCUGGCCUGGCCUCGGUGUUGUCCGGUACGAGCCUCAGGCUGAAGGAAUGGAUGAGUGCAGGAGGAAGCAGGAGCUGGAGAAAAUCAACACUGAGCUGCUGAAGAAACUACAAGACCUUGACACUGAUAUCAUCUUCUCCACUGGCCCUGAGUUCAGGGAGGACUGUAUCUUUGUUGGCAUGGUCACUGAGGACGUUGAUGUUUCAGAGCUGGUGGAUGCAAUAGCUGCUGUCGGGAGGGAUAUAGAGGAGAGCGGAAGGCUAUUGGAGAACAUGACAGAGGUGGUGAGAAAAGGCAUCCUGGAGGCAGAGCUGCAGCUGCAAAAGGCCAAUGAGGAGAAACUCAUGGAAGAGGGGAUGAUGAGACAGCUUCCUCUGGUCGGCUCUGUGUUAAACUGGUUCUCUCCAGUUCAAAGCUCCAUAAAGGGCAGGACCUUCAACCUGGCUGCAGGUUCCCUGGACUCCACAGAGGUGACAUACUCUACCAAGGCUCAGCCAGGCAGGCUGUCCCUGCAAGACACUCCCACCUCCUCAUCAAAGAGACUGCCAGGUCAGAGGUUAUUCCGGCGCUCAGGGACAGGCUCCGACUCCUUUAGUGAAUCCAGUUCCAUUGGACAAGCUGAGGAGACAACCAGGGAAGGGAGUACCAGUCCGAAUAGUAGCAUCCACCCACCCACCUUUCUACCUUCACCUGAGGAGGACUCACACACUGCAGGUGAUGUCGUACCAGAGAAAAUCCAGGAGUCUUCUGUGCAGGGGCACACACAGGUGGAGGCUGAAGUGGCCUCAGAGGAGAGGCAGCCUGAAGGCCAAGAGGUGGAGCAGAGCGGGAGAUAGGAUGACUCAUUCUUCUGAUGUCCUCCAGCCGUCCUCUAAAGGGUAACAGCCUAACAGAUGUUAAAAAGAAAGGUGUUCUUACUUUGUGAAUCUAACUCUUCCCAUUUUGGAGGGAAACUGAUGGAGCUAGAUUGGGCUUUUUGUCUCAGGACAGCAAGGAUGUCAAAGUUAAUGGAAAAAUCCACCCCUGGAUACUCUUAUACUGUGAUGCUCAGUUUAGUGCAUUCUAGUUAUUUAAUGAGAAAGUGUUCUAAUAUGAUAUUUUUCCUCCGCUUGUUGCUGCAGCAUUCUGAGAAAUGCCUUUUCCCAAAAUUUUCAGAUUGCCUUUUAACCACUCCCAAAAAUGGACAGGAGAGUGUUGCUUUCAUUCAAAAAUGUUUUGGCAUACAUAACACUUUAUCAUUAUACAUGUUAGUGAAAUUAGCAGUUGUGGGGGAAUUGCAUUAUGGUAUGUUGAGGCUACUGUAAGGGGUAAAAUGGGUAUACUUGCCUCUUCUCCUUGUAUGAUGUUGCCUGUACUUGUUUCAGGUUGAUGAAAAAUGUUCUGCUGUCAAACUGCUUCGUAGCUGCACUAUAAAAUAUCUUGAGAGAUCGUAUCAUCUCUGAUAUGCCAUGUAUUCACAGGGAUAACAAGAAUACACUAAACAGCAGAAUGAAGUGUGUGGAUUUUUCCUUUAAAGGUAGAAUGAUCCAGCCCAGCUUUGUUGCUUUUUACACUGAUCGCUCUGUCAGUCGAUGACUUUGGGGAGUCCUGUUGGAUUCGAGAGCAGAGGAGGAGCCAUAUUGCACGCAGAAUUUCUUUAGCUUUAAGAGAAGUAUGAUUGGUUAAGACCAGAGUCUCCAUUUGAUACUCCAGUCACUUCAAUAAAUCAGCUCAAUAUUAAAACAAUGAGUGUCACUGCAAUUAAAGUCAACACUGUAAAUAGUUUACAUAGAUGAUAUAUGUCUAAGCCACCCAAUUAUUAACUUUAAUUAUUUAUAAUAAAAUGAAUCUGUUUAGAAGGAGUAAAAUAUCAUAAUCCAUUUAAUAAAAAAUAUGCCUACUGAUAAUAGCAGUCACCUGCUCCCUUCAUGUGUGCACUGCCCCACAAUCACCGCUGGAGAAAAAAUAAAGAAUAAAGAUUUUGAGAAAAAAAAUCACAAUGUUAUGAAAAGAAAGUUUCAUUAGAAAAAAAAUCACAAUAUUGGUUGUAAUUUUACAAGUAAAGUCAUAUUAUAAUAAUAAAGUUGUAAUGUUACAUGAUUAGUCAUAUUACAAAAAUGAAGUCAUACAAAAGUUACAAGUACACAAGUUAUAUUACAAGAUAAAGUUGUAAUUUUAUGUGAAAAAUUAUAUUACGAGAAAACACAUGAUAUAAGAAUAAAGUCAUUUUGAAAUCUGGAUAGUUAUAUUUUGAGAACAGCAAAAUGUUGUAUUAUUGGAUAGAGUAGAUCACAUGUGCAUCUUUUACCACUGCACACAUAUACAGUUACUAUUUUUCCUUUCAAAAGACUGCAGUCAUUUUCCUACCAGUAUACUCUGGUGUGUGUGUCCUAGUGAUGUCACUUCCUCCCUCCCUCUGGCUGACUGUAUGAAUUCCACUCUGCCAUGGGUUCCUGUCAGGCUGAGCUCCGCAAGAUUCAGAUUCAGAAUCAGAAUCCUGUAUUGAUCCCCGAGGGGAAACUCUUUCGUUACAGCAGCUCGCUGUCACGUCAGCGCACACAGGAAGAGAAGCACUGAGCAAAAAAUAUAAUCCACUAUAAAAACUAUAAUACAGGUCAGAAAAUAAAUGAAGUAGCAGGUGGGUAUCAGUAUAAGAUAAAAUAAGUGUGAAGUACAAAGUGGGUUUACCGGUUGAUGAUGAUAAUACGGUAUAAAGUACCAGCAGAGCAUUAACUUCCCGUCAGUGCACUGCAUAUGUACUCACACAGAGAUCAUGUAGUUGGUUUAAUUUAAUUUCAGUGUCCUUAAAUGUGUAAUAAGGAGCUUAUUGGUGAAACCUAAAAACUUCAGAUCCUCCACAUUCCUCAUGUUGACAGCUAAACUCACAGACUGUUCUCUGUUUUCUACAGCAGAGUAUUAAAAUGUGCAUUUAUCUCACAACAUUAUAAAUGUCUUCUCGAAUGUUACACAUUUUUCUCGUAAAAUUACGACUUUAUUUUCAUGUUAUGACUUUUGUUCUCGAAAUUAGGACUUUUUUUCCAAAUAUUAUGACUUCUUUCUCAAAAUCUCAAAGUUCUUAGUUCUUAGUGUACUCCACAGUACAAUAUAAACUCAAGCCACUGCUUUGUCAGUCAAAUUCCCUUUAUAAUUGCACAUGCCGCUGGGGCCAGAGUAAUUUCAGAGUAACCUAAGUAAAAAGUGGCCUUCUGUCACAGAAGAGCAUUGCUUCAGAGGUAUUUACUGUACGAGGAAUAUUUAUUUUCUUUGCCAAAAUCAUCCUGCCAGACCUGGGUCUACUUCCUGUUCUGGAUUACACUUUAAAUAUUAUCCAAGUGCCAUAUUAGUGAGCCAAAUGGAUGUUUCUUGUUUUUGCUUGUUUGGUUGUUUUUUUUGUUUGCUUAUUGCAGUUCAAACCGCAAAGCAGUAGAGCCCUACUGAGUUUGUGCUGGUUUAUUAGUCCGGUUUUUAGGGUUCAAGCCCUGAAACUUUGCACACGUCAGAAGUGGCGAAAAUGUAGAUGUCAUAUGUGGCUUCGGAAUGGGUGUGGCAGAAUGGCUCAAUAGCGCCCCCUACAGAAUUUCAAAAAGGCAGCCCCCCCACGCUAUAUUUGGGAGGUACAUGUGUCACCCCAAGACAUUCAAAAAAGCCUCUUGGAGCCAUACCCUAAACCCAAAAGGAAGUCAGCCAUUUUGAAUUGAAUGUGCACUUUUAGGGCAUUUUUCGCCAUUUACAGGUUCUGUACUUGAACAAACUCCUCCUAGAGAAUUCAUCAGAUCGAUUUCAAAUUUUUUGCAGUGCAAUCUAAAGACCUUUGCAAUUAAAAGUUGUGCUAAGUGUGAGUUUUCGUCGAAGGGUGUGUGCGUGGCGUGGCGUCGAAUUUCCAAGUUUCACCAUGAAACGGGAAGUUGUUGUAACUUGGUGUACAUGGUCAAAUCUCCCCCAGACUUCACGUUUGAUAAGAGUCCCACCCUGAAGACAUCUGCAGUAUAUGCCAAUAUUCGGUCAUAGCGCCACCUACUGGCAGCAGAAAGUGAGCCUUGCGUGACAAUCAUCAUUUGGUUUAAAUGAAAUUUUCAGGGUGUGGUCCACACUUCAUAUACUGGAACUUAAUGUAUAAUUAAUGUACAAUUACAAUUUGGCGCCACUAGGUGGCGCUACAAAUGCGAAAAGUUUAUAUCUCAUAAUCGGCUGCAUGGAUUUGUACGAAAUUUGGUUUGCACGAUCUAGGGUCAUGACGCAGUUGAUGACUAAAAUUUGGUAAUGAUUGAUUAACGUGGGCUUGGCUUAUUACAACAAAUUGACAUUUCACAUUCCAAACUUCAAAAAAAUCACCUGUACUUCCUACAGAACUGACAUUUUUUCAGCACAUCCACUGAUGUGUGACAAACGUUUGCCUCACUGCAACCUAUGGUCAAUUCUAUAUUUUUCAAAAUAUGAAAGUGAGUCCGAUCUGCACGAAACCUUGCACAAAGAAUCUAUGGACUCUCAUGAUCAAAAGUUAUUAAAAGAAUUUUGAUAAUCCAACAAAUACAAAAGUUUUACAAGAACAACUUCCUGUAGUUUGCAGUCAAAACAGGUGAUGUCAUAUCUUCACCAAGGUCUGUACCUGAAACAUACCCUGAAAGUUUCAUUCAAAUCAAUCACUAGGGGGCGCUACAAAUGCAAAAAAAUGUCCAUGGUAUUUGUUUGUUGGUCAUUUUUGUUUGACAAUUGAGUUGAUUCUGCUAGGUUUGGAAAUCCACCCAUCCAUCACUAACGUCCCAUCUUUUGCUCUUUGUCCCUUUGAUGUCUUUUGUUAUAAAUAAUCACAGAUAGCACAGGCUGAUGAUUCUGAGUAUGUUGUGUGCACUUUAUUAACGUUUCGUUAAACAGUUCUCACACCACCAGUGUGCUAAAUUGCUUAGAGCAGCUUUCAAGAACAAUUCAUCAUGGUUUGAGUUGUUGCUCAUUUCCUGCAUUCCUUUUACAUUCUAUUUUAGAUGUCUGUAGAUUGUUUUCCAGUGUGUCUACCACACCAGGACAGUGUCAGUCCUCUUAGGGUAGAUCCUAAAGGGCCCUAUACACUGUGUGGCUUUGGCUGGCCCGGGUGAAAGUCGAGAGAAAAAUGUGCUGAAACCUGUGGUCGUCAGUCCAAACUGUGGUCCUAGAUUUCACUGUGAGACACGUCCACUGACAACCGAUUUAGAACUUUGGAGACCAAAAACGGCCUGCUUCAAAAUUAUGAUAGAAAUUCAUGAGCAAAUUCUCACAAUGUGACUGCUGCCACGACCCACGUCUACAAACCAAGCAAUCAGAAUACAGCAUGAAACGACACAAAAACACUGUCCGACAUUGUAACUGCCCUAGUAAACAUGCCCUCAAAACUGACACAGUUUGUGACCAAAAUUGUAUUAACUUUAUUUUGGCAAAGAAAACGGGAAUAGCAGGAAAUGGGAGUGUGCCAUGAAAGCACACAAUAGGUUUGGCAGCAUGGUUUAGAAUUUGCUCCCAUGAAAGUUCCUAAAUGUAAAAACUUAACAUUAAUUCAGCAGAAAAUGUCUAAGAAUGAAAGCAUGAAACACAAAUUUGGCCGGAGUUGUCCUGUCGUACUUUCAGCCAGGUACUGGUGAAACAGUUACUGUAAAGAGUUGUAAAAUGUGGAUUAAAUACAGUGAUUUGAUAAGGAAUUAACACUGUGAGAAUGAAGAUUACAAAAGAAUCUUUUUCAGCUUUAUUGCACUUGUUCUGUAGAUAAUUUCUUUACUACUGUUCUUAUUUUAAUAUCUUAUAUUUUGUAAAUGAAGGAGAAAAUUCUUAAUGAUUAUUUAUGUUAUGUGAUUAUAAUGCAAAGCUAAAUCAGUAACUUUAUAACCGUACAAGAACAUGCUUGAUGAAGAACUCUUGAUUUGAUAUAAUGAAAUGGCCUGGCCCAUCCUGCCUCUGUCACUGUCUGAAUGAUUGAUUGUAUUUAACAGGCAGAAUCUUUUCUCUUGAAUGUUUUCUACCAUUAGUUUACAGUACAGAAAAGUGUAAAUGUCUCCCAACAGAUUAAAUUCCACGUUUUCUAGCCUUGAUAUCAGGCCACAGCGUUCUGUGCUUUAGGUAAAAUCCUAAAAGUACCUCUCCAUCUAAUUUUUUCAUCUAUACUGCUGGGAGUUGGUCAUUCAAUGCAACUGGCAUGUUUGUGGUUUAGUUGGCCAGUAUACAUUCUUAAAUACAUUUGUAACUGUACAUGAGCCCUAGAUGUCUGACAAACAGAGCAAUAAAUGAAUGCCAAGAAGAAAAACAAAAACAAUGUCAGGCAUUAAUAACAAAAAGCACAUUUACAGACCAAAUGAAAAUCACAGUAUGGAAAUGUGUGUAUAAAUGUGUUUUAAAACCAUGUAACAGAAUUUUACAAGUGAAGGUAAAGGGAUAAUAUCUAUAGUCUAUAUCUACAGACCCACGUGAGUUUGAAGUAAUCUGUAGAAAUUUAAACUCAUUCGUAAAACUAAAAGACAGCCAGUUUGAGGUUGCAGUUGUAGAAUGGACUGUAACUAAAUACGUAUGUCAGCAAGCUGCUUUCAGGAUGUUGUGCAAUCUGAGGCCUUGUCGACUACAACAAAAGAAGAUAAAACAGCAGUCAAACUGAUACAAAUAAAAAUGAGGCAGACUUCAGUAUACCUCAUGGCUUUAAACUCGAAAACAAUCAAACAGAUUUGCAUCACGACUUUAACUUCACUUGGACCUGAAAAAUGAUGUAUUAUAGAAACUAAUGUUUUGAUGUUUAUUUGAAAGUAAUAAAUAUAAUUUCCAAAAAGCAUUAAUUAAGUAUGUAAAUGCACUAUACUAACUUAAAAUUAACAAUGACUUGUUUUGGACUUGAAGCACAAGGGACUUCAUAGCCAAGACUGGAGACUUACUUGCAAAACUGUGACUUUUCCAUCUUUGCCAAUAUCAAUUCUGUACUGGUAGUAAUAAUUACAUUUUUACAUACACUACAGACAAAAAUAUACAUUGCUGGACGCAGUAAUUGCAACACAUGUACAAUCAAUAAUAACAAUAAAGCAACAAAUCCUACCUUAGUGAAGCUCAGAGGUGUUGAUUCAACUCUGAGCUUCACAAAUUGAUUGAAUUGAAUUGAUUUAAAUUUGAAUUGAUUCAACUCUGUGGUCAUUUGGGGUCUGUAGUUAGUGGUGUGUGUGUGUGUGUUUUAUUGGAUUGGAUUACAUUGUAAGGUGUUCCUGUUAUUUUGUCUGCAUCUUUCAUGUACAGGAAGUAAGUCCGGAAUUGCAUUAAAUUGUAGAAGUGUUGCUUUUAUCUAAAAUAGAUGAGUAACUAACCAUGAUCAUAUAAUAAAAACAUUUAAUAAUAAUGAAUAACAUCACUCUUCAUAUACUGCUAAUCGAAAAGCAGAGUUGGCUAGUUGUGUCCUGAAGUUUAUGCCUGCAGAUGCUUCUUUUUAUGAAUAGGCCACUUCCUCUGGUUGAACUGGUCAUUUAAAGGUUGGACUGCUUUAAAUCCAGAGGGCAUAUUCAAAACCACAAAAUAUUCUGAGAGGAUUUUUGUUAUGUAUACAAGGAAAUGUGUUCCAAUUAAUUUCAUCAGACAUGAUCAUCCUAGAGGAGCUUUAUAGGAAAAGGUGUAUAUAAUAUUUGUGUUAGACUGAGGGCAUUAAACCAAUACACUGUUAUACUGUUAAUUCAUUUAGAUUUCCUCAGUGUAGUUUGUAUGACUUAUUACAAAGCUGUGAUACACCUCUUGUGCAUAAAGGUGGUUGAAAUGUAUCAAUGGAUAACAUGAAAAAUGAAAUGAGAGGGAAUGACUUCAGAGAAUUAACCGUGGUUGAGAUUGAUGUGUUGCAAAACCAAACAUAUUUUUAUUAAAUCAUGAACCAAGUAA